GCCGCAGCCACCAUCGUCUCACUCACUCCCACUCCCCGUCCCCGCCAUUCUCACGUCUUUCUCCUCCUCCACCUCCUCCUCCCUUUUCACCACGUCAAGGUUCGUCAGGCAAUCACCAUCAGAGACCUUCCUCCGCCGGAGCAGCGCAUGGCGUCGCCGCGCGCUUGGCACCGCCGGCUCAUGGGCGCACCGGCGUCGUCGUCCCCGGCGCCGUCGGGCGACGGCGAGGCGGCUGCGGGGCGCGGGUCGAGCCAGGAGGCGAUGAAGAUAAUGGUGUCCGUGCUGGUGGUGGUCAUCUUCUGCACGCUCUUCUACUGCAUCUACUGCUGGCGCUGGCGGAAGCGCAACGCCGUGAGGAGAUCGCUGCUCCAGAGCCUGAGGCCGAUGUCGAGCUCGGACCUGCCGCUCAUGGACCUCGCCUCCAUCCACGCCGCCACCGACAACUUUUCCAAGGCCAACAAGCUCGGCGAGGGCGGCUUCGGCCCUGUCUACAGAGGCGUGCUGACCGGCGGGUCUGAGAUCGCGGUGAAGCGGCUGUCGGCGCGGUCGCGGCAGGGCGCGGCGGAGUUCCGGAACGAGGUGGAGCUGAUCGCCAAGCUGCAGCACCGCAACCUGGUGCGGCUGCUGGGCUGGUGCGCCGAGCGCGACGAGAAGCUGCUGGUGUACGAGUACCUCCCCAACCGCAGCCUCGACGCCUUCCUCUUCGACGCAAGCAAGAGCGCGCAGCUGGACUGGAAAACCCGGCACAGCAUCAUCCUGGGCAUCGCCCGCGGGCUGCUCUACCUGCACGAGGACUCGCUGCUCAAGGUCGUCCACCGGGACCUCAAGGCCAGCAACGUGCUCCUCGACAACAAGAUGAGGCCCAAGAUCUCCGACUUCGGCAUGGCCAAGAUCUUCGAGGACGAGUGCAUCGAGGUUAACACCGGCCGCGUCGUCGGAACCUACGGGUACAUGGCGCCGGAGUUCGUGAUGGAGGGCGUGUUCUCGGUGAAGUCCGACGUGUUCAGCUUCGGGGUCCUGCUGAUCGAGAUCCUCGGCGGCAAGCGGAACGGCGCGCUCUACCUCGAGGAGCACGAGCAGACGCUCAUCCAAGACGCAUGGAAGAGCUGGACUGAGGAGAAGGCGGCCGAGUUCAUGGACCCGGCGCUGGGGCGGGCCUACUCCAAGGAGGAGGCGUGGCGGUGCUUCCACGUGGGGCUCCUCUGCGUGCAGGACGACCCGGAGCUCCGCCCGACCAUGUCCAGCGUCCUGCUCAUGCUCAUCAGCGACCACAUGAACCUCCCCGCGCCGGCCAGGCCGCCCAUGUUUACCAGGCUGAGGACCUUCCCGGCGGCGAUGAUCCCCUUCUCCACCAAGACCGAGUCCACCUUCUCGCCCCAGUCCAUCAACGACGUCUCCAUCACCGUCGUCGAGCCGCGAUGAGGUUGAUGGUGCUCUUUUGUUGUUGUGUACAUACUGCUAGCUGAAAUGUUCUUCGAGAAGGCCGGCCGCCGUUGGAUUUUUGUAGUUAUGGUGACAGUGCGUACACACUGUGGCACAAAGCUUCGUGCAGAUGGUGACAAAGUGAGAUCCAUGGCGAAUUGAGUACACGUGAUUGGUUUUUUCGCUUUGAUUAAUUCCUAUGUCAAGAAAAGAAAAGAACUCACUGGCAUAGAAACAGUUUUUUUCCCUUC